AUGGGGUGUGUAACCGGUUCUGUCCAAGAAAUGGGGGCAAUCCUAUCCCCAGAUGUUGUUAAAACGCAAUGCAUGGCGGAUAGACCCGCCAUCACGAAGAACAACAAGAAAAACCCUUUUGACAAGCUUAGAAGGUGGUGGAAAGUGGUUCAUUUAUUACAGAAGGCAUACAUACUUAUUCCUGUAAAUGACAUGUUUCAUUGGAGUCUAGUCAUUAUCUGUAUCCCUGACAAGGAAGAAUCACAACCAAUUGUUCUUCAUUUAGAUUCGUUAGGACUCCACUGUAGCAGAUCAAUUUUUCAAAAUAUUACAAGCUUUUUGAAAGAAGAGUGCUGCUAUUUGGAUCAUGAAGGUGGUCUUUCAGAUCUUCCAAUUUCAGGCUAUUGGAAAUACCUUUGUGACCAUAUUGAGGAGAAAGUUCUCGAGGUCCCACAACAGAAAAAUCACUAUGAUUGCGGUCUCUUUGUACUUCUCUUUAUGGAGCGCUUCAUUGAAGAGGCCCCUGAAAGGCUGCAGAAGAAAGAUUUAGCAGUGUUUGGUCGGCAUUGGUUCAAACCUGAAGAGGCUUCGAUUCUGAGAAGUAAAAUCCGGAAGUUACUCAUGGAGAAAUUUCGAAAUGAAUCUUCUAAGAAAUGAAUUGACACCUGGGAGCCUUUCUGAAUAUACAUAGUUGGUGCAUAUGAUUUGCUCCUAAUUUCUUUUGUGGGUAUAGCUGUAUAGAUGACUUUUUGGAGUUUCCAAUUUCACAAAAAGAGAGUGAAUACCAUUGCCCUGGACAAGGCUCAGAUCUAAGUCAUUUACUACGUCAUUGAUCAUUUACUUGAAGAUGACAUUCAACUAUGUAGUACAAAACAGAACUAGUGAUGGACUUUUAGGUAUUGUAUGGUGUACAU